UAUUUCAAAUGACGUAAAAUAUUGAACAUGCUUAUAAUGCAUUUUCACAAUAAAUUACUAUUAUUAAAUGCAUGUCAAAUUACUUAAUUUGAAACCUAUUCGCGUAACAGACAUGUUAGUGUAGAUGUAUGCAAGUUUCUAUGUGAAUAACGCAAUCGUGUCACGGACAUGUGAUAUGGGUUGGAAUAUAUGUCUGCGUAGUGUACAGUUUCGCCUCCGACAACCAUGUUACUCCUAGGCGUCAUCUGUUCCAUAUUAGCGCUGCUGCAGCAAGCGCACUCCCAGUGCCUACCGACAGCGUACUGCUUGCCAGCGCCGGCACCUGCUCCGGUCGUUAUUCCAGCUGCUCCAGCCGCGCCAAUCGUGCUCCCAGCUGCCCCAGCCCCGCCUACCGCUGCACUAGCCGCAAUCACUCCGCUGCUAGCAUCAACUAUCUCUGCAUCGCUAGCCACGGCCCUACCUCCGCUGCUAGAAGCGGCACUACCUGCAGUGCUAUCUUCGACGCUAGCUGCAGCAGCCCCCUUGUUGGCAGCUGCUUUACCUCCCUGCGCCCCCGCACCUGUUACUUGCGCCGCGCUCCCCACCUGCCCCUUAUCACCGCCGGUAUUGUACCUUUAAUAUGCGUUUAUAAAAUAAACCCAUUUCGAAAUUUGUUGUGUUAAAAUUAAUAUUUUGCUUUUCCUUAUCUCUUUGGUUAUUUAGGGUUUUUGAAUUACAUUUGUUGUGAUUAAAUACUUGUGUAAUGUUGGGAAAAAAUACGAAAAUGUGCCAGUGUAUUGAUCUAACACUAGCCUUACGAACAUUUGUGUUGUGUGUCGACGUUUGUGUCCCCUCACUAUUCAUUCUGACACUUGACU